GUGUAUACACAGAGGACGGAGCACGUGCGUUCAGUUUGACGUUUCGCGGAAGGCGCAUCUUCUCGUAUUUUUUCCAGCCUGACGUGUCACACAUUUUGCGAUCCGUUGGUGCAGUGCGAUUUCACUCGUCCUCCCGUCGUCGUCCCGGCGACGAUCUCUGGCAUGGCAGUCGAUCUGGGAUUCGUGGAGAAAUGCGAGCCCUGGCGGCUCGAGAGCAGAUUCUUCCCCAGCAAAGCAGGCGGCAGGCCGGCCUGGCUCGACCUGAAAAACAUUCCCGGGAAGGGCGAUCUGGAGUGCGAGUACUGCGGCGAUCCCUGCGUGUUCCUCUGUCAGAUCUACGCGCCGUACGAGGAGGACGUCGAUGCGUUUCACAGGACUGUUUACAUCUUCGUGUGCAAGAACACGGAUUGCUGCAGGCCGAAUCAGAACGGGAACCUGAAGGUCUUCCGCUCGCAGCUGGGUAGGAUAAACGACUUUUAUCUGGCCGAACCGCCCGUGGAGCAGAAGGACUGGGGAACUGAUAUUGACGUGUCGCGGUGGGCGAAAACGUGCCGCGUGUGCGGGAUUUUGGCACCUAAUCACUGCGGCAGAUGUAAAGUCGUCAAUUAUUGCUGCCGCGUGCAUCAAGUGUACGACUGGAAGAAUGGACACAAAAACGCGUGCGGCACCGAGGCGACGAACGGCAACGGUUUCCUGUUUCCCGAAUACGAGAUCGUGAUCGAGAGGGACGACACCGCGACGGAAAGGGUCGAGCGGAACGAUCCCAGCGGCGAGCAGACGGAAAUGGAGAAGUACAAUGCGAUGAUACAGGACGGCAAAGCUGGAACGUUUCAGAACGAAGACGUCAACGACGACUUGCUGCAGAUGGCUAAUGACGAGAAGGACGAGACAUUCGCAGAGUUUCGUACGAAAAUAGACAGUUAUCCAGAUCAGAUUCUGAGAUAUGACAGAGGAAGGAAAGUUUUAUAUAUCUCGUCACAUAAUCAGAUAACGGAUGUGCCAAAAUGCCCGGAAUGCGACGGCGAUAGGCAGUUUGAAUUUCAAAUAAUGCCACAACUGUUAAAUUUCCUCGACCUGAAAGACGUUAUCAAGUGCUUGGAUUGGGGAAUAUUGGCAGUUUUCACAUGCAAACAAUCUUGCAUGCCUAAGAGUAAGUAUAUAAGAGAAUAUAUAUGGAAGCAAGACAUUGUACAGGAGGAAAGUGAAUCGAAAAUAAAUCAGAAUACGUGAA